AACUCCAAGGCGGUUCAGGGUCUGACGGGCCUCCGUAACCUCGGCAACACGUGUUUUAUGAACUCAAUCCUUCAGUGUCUGAGCAACACCAAAGAGCUUCGGGAUUACUGCCUGCAAAACCAGUACCUCCGAGACCUUAACAACAACAGUCGCAUGCAGAUGGCCCUCAUGGCAGAAUUUGCCAAGCUCAUCCAAAUGUUGUGGACGACCUCUCCUAACGAAUCCGUGAGUCCUUCCGAAUUCAAGACCCAGAUCCAGAGAUAUGCCCCUCGCUUUGUGGGCUACAACCAGCAAGAUGCUCAGGAAUUCUUGCGGUUCCUCCUCGACGGGCUCCACAGCGAAGUGAACCGGGUCUUGGUGCGCCCCAAGGCCAGCAGCGACAAUCUGGACCAUCUCCCCGAUGAUGAAAAAGGGAGGCAAAUGUGGAUGAAAUACCUGGACAGAGAAGACAGCCGGAUCGGGGGUGAGUGCCCACCAGGAAGAUCUCCCACUCAGCACCUCUCUAAGCCCGGCUUUCUUGUUUCGCAGAAGAGCUACGGGGAGGUGAACUUGAUUGACUGCAUGCGGCUCUUCACCAAGGAGGACGUGCUGGACGGAGAUGAAAAGCCCACCUGCUGCCGCUGCAAAGCCAGAACGAAGUGCACGAAGAAGUUCAGCGUCCAGCGGUUCCCGAAGAUCCUGGUGCUGCACCUGAAGCGUUUUUCCGAAGCCAGGAUGCGAUCCAGCAAGCUCACCACCUUUGUCAACUUCCCACUCAAGGACCUAGACCUGAGGGAGUUCGCUUCCCAAAGCUGCAAUCAUGCAAUUUACAACUUGUACGCCGUCUCCAACCACAGCGGGACCACGAUGGGGGGCCACUACACCGCCUACUGCAAGAACCCCUUGUCUGGGGAAUGGCACGCUUUCAACGACUCCCGUGUCACGCCGCUCUCGUCCAGCCACGUCCGGAGCAGCGAUGCCUACCUACUUUUCUACGAGUUGGCCAGCCCGUCUUCGCGCAUGUAGCUUCUGCACGCCCUCCACCCCGUCCCGGAGGAGGGAAGGGAGCCGGGCACCAGCUCUUUAAAGGAGACACCCAGGACCAUGGUGAUUCUCGAGGGAUUUUUCUAAGCUGGGUUUUUUUUUUCCUUCUUUCUUUUUUUCUUAAAAAAACCCACAAAAAACAAAAACCGGGGAAAAAAAAAGAGGGAGAGAGUCCUAAUAAAGCGUUGACUUAUGAUGCCGACUUUUUACGGGAAGGCCUUUCUCCUCCUGCUUAGGGGGCUGAGGCCGAAGAGUCGCUCCGUCCAGCAGUGUGGCCUCGCAGACGCCGGGGACGGAACCACAGUCCCAAAAUCUCCUACUGCUGGGGGGGGGGGAGGCGCUUUGCAUUGUUUUUUCUUUCUCUCUCUCAUUCUCUGUCGCUUUCUUCUUUUGCGCGUGCGCUCUCCUUU